CAGUCUGUACUCUGAUCACAGGAACAUGACUUUGAGGCUUUGCUGCGGCUGGAUUUUUAUCUUCCUCCUUCCUGGCCUCUCGGAUGGAGGGAAACUCCUGGUGGUGCCCAUGCUUGGAAGCCACUGGCUUAGCAUGCGGCAAGUGGUUGAAAAGCUCACCGAGAGAGGACACGAAGUGGUGGUGGUUGUACCAGAAGUAAACUGGCAGAUGGAAACUACACAGGCAUACAUGAAAACAUACCCAGUGUCUUACACGUUAGAAGAGCUGAAUAAUGCCUUUAAUGAGUAUGUUGCCACUCACCUGAAGGACCUGCCUUUCCCACUGAACACUCUAGCACUAUACAACAGCUCAGUGCACGUUUUCCGUACAUUCUUUGUUCAGUGCAAGGACCUGUUCAGAAGCAAGGAGACCCUGCAGUACUUGAAUCAAAGUGGCUUCGAUGCAGUCCUAACAGACCCCGUUUUUAUGUGUGGAGCAACACUUGCUAAUUAUUUUUCUCUUCCGUUUGUGUUCUUCAUGAGAGGAUUUCCUUGCAACUUACACUAUGAAGCACCGCAGUGCCCAAGUCCUUUGUCCUACACCCCAAGACUAUUUACCUUCAACUCAGACCACAUGACUUUUCUCCAGAGAGUGGAAAAUGCACUGGUUUCCCUCCUGGAGCUUGUGUACUGUAACGGUUUCUAUGAAGAUGCAAUAAAGUUUUCGUCUGAAGUUCUUCAGAGAGAUGUAUCUCUGCUAGACCUCAUGAACUCUGCUUCCAUUUGGCUUCUGAGAUUUGACUUUGUGUUUGAGUACGUCAGACCAGUGAUGCCCAAUAUGGUCUUUAUUGGAGGUAUAAACUGUGCUCAGAAGAAACCACUUUCUAAGUUCCCGAGACCAGUGAUGCCAAACAUGGUUUUUAUUGGAGGGAUAAACUGUGGUCAGAAGAAAAAACUGUCUCAGGAAUUUGAAGACAUUGUGAAUGCCUCUGGAGAACACGGCAUUGUUGUCUUCUCGCUGGGCUCCAUGGUCUCUGAGAUUCCUAUGAAGAAAGCCACAGAAAUCGCAGAUGCCUUGGGAUCAGUCCCCCAAACGGUUUUGUGGCGAUACACGGGACAGGCACCCCCCAACCUGCCGAAAAACGUAAAGCUUGUCAAGUGGCUGCCACAGAAUGAUCUUCUAGCUCACCCUAAGACUCGUGCCUUUAUUACCCACGGAGGCUCACACGGUGUUUACGAGGGCAUAUGCAAUGCGGUGCCCAUGGUACUAAUGCCUUUAUUUGGAGACCAGAUGGACAACGCCAAGCGAGUAGAGUCCCGGGGAGCGGGACUGACGCUGAAUAUACUCGAGAUGACUUCGAAGGACAUAUCCACUGCCCUGAAAGCGGUUAUUAACGAUAAAAAGUACAAAGAGAACAUCAAGCGUCUCUCAGAACUUCACCUCGACAGACCCAUCCACCCCCUGGACCUGGCUGUGCACUGGGUGGAGUUUGUAAUGAGACACAAAGGGGCCCCACACCUGCGACCCGCUGCUCAUGACCUGAACUGGAUCCAGUACCACUCCCUGGAUGUCAUCGCCUUCCUCCUCGCUGUGGUGCUCGUCUCCCUCUUCAUUUCUCUGAAGUGCUGCCUGUUCUGCUGCCGCAGGUGCUGCUGUAAGAAGGGAAGAACAAGAAAGCCAACCAAAUCAAAGUCUCAUUAGCAGAUGCAACCGGCGGUAGGAGAUAAGGCCUCUGCUCCAGACCAGAAGGAUCAGAGAACAUCUCAGAUUUCACUAAAAUAAUUGCUGACUUUCAGUCAAGAAAUAGUCGCAUUCCUUUAAACUAGCACCAUGGGAGGGAUUGUUUCACUGAUUUAAUUUUUGCCUUUAAUUAAGAAUCACUUGUUAAAAAUAGUUUGUAUAGGAGUGCUUCAGUCACUUGGGAAGAUAUUAGUGUGAAGUCCAAGGCUCCUGGCUUCCAUGUCUUGGUGUACAAAGGACUCGCUGUGACAUUUUUUAUUUUUUUUUUUUUUUACCUCUAUAUGCAAUGGAGAUGUAUAAGACUUUGCUCCAAGGGCUUUAAGAGAACCAUUUGCUCUAGUGUGAGACUCUCGGGUUUAUCAAGCGCUUUGAAAUCCUCACAUAGCUGUUGUCAUCGAAGAGGCAAAUGUUACACACUGACAAUAUGUGUCACAUAAGCCAAGCUAGACGCACAUCUUGAAUGGGUUCUGUGUGCCCGCGCAAUACCCUGAACAAAAUUAAGGUUUCAGCAGGGAAAUGGUUGUAAAGCCACUGGUGUUUCACCCAAGUUUCCCCAUCAGGCAGAGUUCUGUAUCUGGAGCUUACCUUGUUAGGUGAUGAGACCUUUGUAAGCGAUGGUUAUAAAACCCCACUGAUUUGCUCUUUGUACAUGAUGUUCAGGUAAAGACCAUAACCCCAGUCCUAGAAAUAAAACCCCAAUACUAACAAUAA